CACACGGGACUUUUAUUUUGAAAGGCUCGGAUGGAACCGCCAGGGAAAGUGAAGUAAAUGUAUUUUAUUUAAAGAACUGAUUUAGAAAAUAACAACAAAAAUAUUUCCGAAUGGUCUUUUACUGCAGAUUACACUAUAAUGUAAAUAUAGAUAUCAAAUAAUACAAGACAGGUCUUCAGUUUGAAUCAUUUUGAGGCACUGCGGGGCUUUUUGAAAUUCGCCAUCUUUGUUCGGGGCAAAGAUGCCGAAAAGUUGUUCUGCAUCUAAUUGCACAAAUAGGUACAAUAACAAAAACCCAGAGAUCACGUUUCACAGGUUCCCUUUCAGUAAACCGUCGGUUCUGAAACAAUGGCUUGAGAACAUUGGACGUGAGGACUUUCAGCCAAGGAAACACAUGGUCAUCUGUUCUCUUCAUUUCACUCCAGACAGUUUCAGUGGUUUGGGAAACCGCAAGAAUCUGUUAUGGAACGCAGUGCCAACCCUUUUUGCAGUGCCAACCCAGGAUGCAAAUCAAAUUAAUUCAAGAAAGAGGCUGAAGAGGGCUUUACAAUCUGCUGCUGAUAAAUGGGAUGGCAUUACACCUGAUAGGUUGCCUCUUUUCACUGAGGAGAUGCAUGAGGACACUCAAGACUGUAACAGUAAUGAAGAGCCUUACUGUCAAAGCACAAAGGUUUUUGCUGCUGCAGACCACACCUAUGCCCUCUCUGAUGCAUGCACAACCAAAGCCCGUCUGUUUAAUAUUUUAGAUGCCAACAGAUGGCUGCGGAGAAGGUUGCAGGCCAAAUGCAGGAUGAUAAAAAGGAUGAAACUUAAACUGAAAGAUGCUCAAAGAGAACUUCUAACUUUGCGUCAACAGAUCAGACAUAGGCAUGUUAAUCGCCAAAGCCAUUAACAGGUAAUAAAAAGUUAAAAAAAAGUUAAUCUGAAGUCUUGGCCUUAGAAAAAGGGAUUCAACAAGUAUAUUUAUUCUAAAGCAGAAGUUUUCCAACCAACUUUUCUGUACUUUGGAUUAGGAUAUUAUUUACUGUGUAAUUUUUAACACUUGACAAUAAGGUCUCAUUAGUUAUUACAUUAAAAAUAAAUGAGUAAUAAUCUGUUUACAUUGUUAUUUGUUAUUAAAAAUAAAAUGUAAAUUAGUUUGUUACCUUAGAAAGCUUUAAUUAAUACGAACACACAGCAUCUGAUUUAAAGGGCACCCAUCAGAUUAUUUAUUAUACCUUUCAGAACAUUAGAAUUUUCUGCUUUUAACACAUUGUGGCUGUUUUUGUUGCCUGUGCAUUCAAUGCUAGCCCUCCACCCGCCCACCAUUCCCACGUGCCUGUCAGAGUGUGCCUCAAUCUCUGCCUCGGCUGCAUCAAAUAAACAGCACAGUGACAGACAUGAACGAAGCAGAUCUCACGUAACGUUUUUGAGAAAUACUACAGUAAGAGCUUUACUAAUGAUUAUUUGACACACAGCGUACGCGUUUAACUUUACAUGGUUUUUGCACGCAAAUGUGACAGGAUACACGUUAAUAUCCGCUUCUGUAUGGAUAUCCGUUAUGUUAAUGUACAAAAUAAACCUGAUUAAACAUC